UGAACAAUCCAAAUAUACUCCACAUGUGCAGCCAAAGUACAACAGCACCAUAAAAGCCCAAAAAUUUGGAAAAUAUUUACGUGCAAAACCCAAAUAAGUCUAUUAAAAAAAGCUGCUGUGUGCGAGUGUGUAGCGUGUGAAUCCUUUGUCGUCGGUGUGCGUACGUGUCCGUGUCCAAAAGUUACGCGGCGCUGUUGUGUGUGAGAGCAGAGAGGCAAAUAUUUAAUUGGAUUUUAUAUAAGCGCCGUCGUUGUUUUUCAACAUUAUUAAAUAGUAACACACGCAAUUCACACACACACACACACAUGUACAGCCAGACAGACAACGCAUUUCUGUUGUGUUACCAUCGCUACAAGAAGAUUCCCAUGACAACAACAGCAGCAACAACAACAAUGACAACGUAGAGUAAAUAUGCAUAUGGGCGAACACAAUUAAAAAUACACCAAAGAGCGGCCAAAAACAGUUCCAGUUCCCCGCCCAGUGUUAGACAGCCACACACGCAUAUACUCAAUAUAUAUAUAUAUAUAUGUACAUAUAUAUGGAAGCAUGUGUGUGUGUGUAUGAGCCACCUGCUGCUGCUGCUAUUGCUAAUGCUGUCUACGCCACUCGUCUACAAAAAGAACAGCAGCAGUAACUUUAAAGCGAACAUCUCUACAUACAACUGAAGCAGCGCUGCUGCUGCUUCAAGCUGUCCCGGUGACACCGGGCAAUAGAGGGCGCUAAACACGCUGCCCUACAUUGACGUCAAAAACAAUAACAAAAAUAAUAACAAGAUUAACUGAAGCGGCAGCAGCAGCAAUAACUACAAUAAUAAUUAUAAUAUGAACGCCAGCCUGAUAUAUGAGAUACUCAUGUAUUUGAACUCAUUCUAUUUUGGCAUGUAUGCCGCCUUCGAGGUGGGCGUGGGCGUGCUAAAGGCAAUAAAUCUGAAUUAUGGCGAAAACGUUCUGUCACGUGAGGCGACAAUUCUGCUCUCCUUGUGCAUCAUCGAAACGUUACGCAUUGUCUUUGGUCGCAAGAGCAGCCUCAGCGAUCGUGGCUGGCAAGCGACCGCAUCCGUAAUAUUAACACUGCCCAGUCUUGCUAUUGUUAUCUAUUUGUGUUGUUUUCAAACUUAUGUUCUCAAACUCGAAAUUAUUCUGAGUGCCUUAAUGAUCACCCUACAAGGUGCUGAACUAGUCUACGCCAGCAUAUUCAUUUGUACAAUGUGCCGACCCGUCACAUACACCUAGC